UGUGCGUAACGAGGAUCAUCGUAGAGAUCCGGUGAAGGUGAAUCAGAGACGCACAGAGAGAGAGAGAGAGAGAGAGAGAGAGAGAGAGAGAGAGAGAGAGAGAGAGAGAGAGGCAGGAGAGAGCGACACUUAUUACAUGAGUCUCCUCCUCGUCUCCACACCUCAGCUGACAAAUCGGACAAACCAGCAACUUCUCCACUGACACCAAACAAAACUCGCAGAGGACAAACACAGGAAGAAAGUCCCAAACAGGCGUUAAGGGUUUCCAAAAGCGACCAUAGCCUGCAACUACGCGGACCCCACAAGGCUAUGGACCGGAGGAUGAACUUGAGCGGCGGCGCAGGGGACAUUUUUCACAAAACUCUCAGCGCCGUGUCCAACACAAAAAUGGACCCGUUCAGAUCAGCGCCCGGGAUCGAACGACCGGCCAGAGACCGCCAGUCACCGAUCAGCUGUUUCGACCAGACCGAUUCAGACCCGAUUCCGCCCGGAGGACUGGCUGGAGGUAGAGGGGGGCCCCUGGGUCUGCCGACCGGAUCUUUGUGCGUGAAGUACGGGGAGAGCGCCAACAGGACCUCGGCGGCGGAGAGCAGCGGCGGAGAGCAGAGCCAAGAUGAUGACAGCGACGGCAGGUGUGACAUGGUCCUUCUGGCCGACGGGCGGACGGUGCCCGCGGGGAAAGCCGAAGGAGGUAAGAAAACCAAAGAGCAGAAAUUACUGAGGCUAAACAUCAAUGCCAGAGAAAGACGACGGAUGCACGAUCUGAACGACGCGCUGGAUGAGCUCAGGGCGGUCAUCCCCUACGCGCACAGCCCGUCAGUGCGGAAACUCUCCAAAAUUGCCACUUUGCUGCUCGCCAAGAACUACAUCCUCAUGCAAGCGCAGGCGCUGGAGGAGAUGAGGAGGCUAGUGGCGUAUCUCAACCAGGGCCAAGCCAUCUCUGCUGCUUCCAUACCGGCCACCACUGCCCUCGCAGCUCCCGGCUUAGGUGCGUACGACCAGCCGCCUGGAUACCCUUUCCCUUCUGGGGUGGCUGCGUCCUCCUGCCCCGAUAAAUGUGCCCUUUUCAACAACGCCACCUCCAGCCUCUGCAAACAGUGCACUGACAAGCCUUAAAUGCGCCUGACAAAGACUCAGAGAAGCACAUGCGAGAACAGACACAAGACACCACUUUUGAGAACACUUUUAUGAGAGGAGAUCUGCGAGGCUACUGUUGUUCGAGUCAGCAGGCUAGAGACAAAGAAGUAAUGCCGAUGAAUACUUUUAUAAUAUUUACUAAGUACAUUCAAAAUGCGCUUUUUGUUCUAACAAUACUUGAUUGUGUAUAUAAAUCAUCCUUAAAGUGCUGGUAUGAAUGAUGUGCGGACAGUGCAGACCAAACAGAGGUACACUAGGCCUGUAAGUGUGGCUGCAAGUGUUGACGGAGUUGUUGAUGACUUGAUCAGUUAUGGACCCUUUUGGAGACGUAGGUGACCUGACAACUUGCGACUUUUUCACUUGAAUAGAUGGACACCUUCCUGGAGCAUUAGUCCAACCUCAUUUUCUGCUGCUUCCUCAUUUACUCACGGUUUUUCUUUGACUCGUCUCAGAGACAUUUGCUGGUUCAAGGCCUGUUUUUAUGAACUUUUCUAUUGAGCACGUGGAAUGUCAUGAACAAGGAAAAGUGAAACGAAAUAGAAGUUAAGUGGUUUAAUCAGAUAUUUAUGUGCUAAUCCAGACACUUGUUAAUAGUUGCGCACGCCCAUUGCAAUUCAUUUUUUGGUGGGGGGAGCACUGUGAUAUAAUAAAAUUUCAGAAACAUUUAGAAAACCUGAAUCAACUUUUUAUCAGGUGUUUCGAUGUGUCUUUUGUAAUUUAUUAAUUUGGAUAUUUAUAUUGCUUUUUUUGCUUGCAUUGCACACUGUAGUCCUUUUCUUAGUUGCUGUACUUUUUUUUGCGUUUUUCUCUCACACAAGAUGAUCGAGGUCUUGAGAUCAAUCGUGUUGUCAGGUCAAGCUGUGGAUUAUUGUCGAUACCUUAGUUAUUAUAUGAGCAAAGAGGGCCAUUUGUAUGUAUUUCAGUGUUGAAAAGCUUUAUUAAAAUAUUUUGAACAACAGGAA